AUGGAUACUGACUCUCAUGCUAACUCUCUUCACUUAAGAAACUUCACUUAUUUUUCUUUCUUCUCUGAACUGGAGAGCUCAGAUCAUGUUGCCAGGACUGUUUUUGAGACUUUGGCUAUCAUCACUGUCUUCCUGGUCUCUGUGGCAGCCAAUGCAGGAGCUGUUGUCCUGGUAACAUGUGAACGCAGACUUCUGGCUAACAAGACCAUCCUGACCCUCAACUUGUUUGUGGCUGAUCUAUUGUUUGUCAGCAUGAUUCCACUGAUUGUGUCGGUGCGUUGGACUGUGUCCUGGACGCUGGGCUAUACAGCCUGUGACACAGUGCUGUAUGUCAUCUGUAUGGGCGGCUGUGUCACCGUCACUACGCUGGCCUCCAUCAGCGUGGAGAGGGUCCAGGCUAUACUUCGGCUGCAGACCGUGCCCACCCUCAACCCCAGGAUGGUGACUGCCACUCUCAUCUUCAUCUGGGCCUUUUCUGCGCUCACCUCCAUACCCCUCAGUGUGUUCUUCACUGUGAUGGAAGUGGAUUUCCCCAAUCAGAAACGUGUACACAUCUGUACUCUCAAGUGGCCUGACGCAACUGGAGAGAUCGUAUGGGAUGUAGCCUUCACCGCCCUUUGCUUCCUUCUCCCAGGGCUCAUAAUUGUGAUCAGUUACAGCAAAAUAAUACAGAUUGCUAAAAGUUGUCGGCAAAGGCUUCGACCCAGAGACAGCCAGCCCACAGUUGGAGACCUUCCUGACUACCACGUCUCCCGACAGGAUAUGAAGCUCUUCCGUACUAUGCUGGUCCUGGUGCUCUCUUUCCUAAUCAUGUGGAGCCCUAUUUUCAUUAUCACCUUCCUCAUACUAGCCAGGAACUACCUGGGUCAAAUACAUGUGUCGUCCACCAUGUUCUUCUGGGUGGUAACAUUCACACUGGCCAAUUCAGCCCUCAAUCCCAUCCUCUACUCGGUGUGCCAGUUCAAGAACAGCUGGCGUAAGCUCUGCUGCAGCUCUGUUGUAGUGCCACUGAGAAAAGGGCCCUAA